AUAAGGAGUGGACCCCACCACCCAUGUGCCCUCCUUCUGUCGCCACCAGCUCGUGCCUCUCUCAAUCAUUAGCCCUCUUCUCUUCCCGAAUUACCCCUUUCAUUAACAAAACCCUUCUCUCUCUCUCUCUCUCUCUCUCUCUCUCUCUCUCUCUCUACCAUCGGCCAUGGCAGCCAUUGCUACCUCCUUCUAACCCUUCUUCUGUCAUUUCCUCUCCUGCUUCAAUCUCUGAACAAAGCACUGAAGUCUGCAUCUUCUUCUUCAUGUCGAAUUCCGAUUCUGGCAACACCAAUGGGGUCUCCAAUGGCGCCGCCGUUGAUACCCACAAAAACCAGCCUUCUUCAAAUGGAGCCCUCGUCGUCAAAAAGCCCCCCUCCAAGGACCGCCACAGCAAGGUCGAUGGUCGUGGCCGCCGCAUCCGUAUGCCCAUCAUAUGCGCCGCUCGAGUAUUCCAGUUGACUCGAGAGCUUGGUCAUAAGUCCGAUGGCCAGACCAUCGAGUGGCUCCUUCGCCAGGCUGAGCCCUCCAUUAUUGCCGCUACUGGCACCGGCACUACCCCGGCUAAUUUCUCCUCCGUCUCUCUUUCCGUCAGAGGAAAUGGCGGCUCUACUUCUCUCUCUUCCCCUUCUUCCACCACUUCAACUCUCUCCCUCUCUCGUCCCCAGGCUCUCUCGGGCCCCACGCCGUUUAUUCUCGGCAAGCGCGUCCGGUCCGAUGACGACGGCGGUAAGGACGAUGGGGCGGGAGUGGGUCCGACUGGGCCAGGUGGGUACUGGGCGAUUCCAGCAAGACCCGAUUAUGGGCAGGUGUGGAGUUUUGCCGCCGCGGCUCCCUCGGAAAUGGUGGUUCAACCCGGGGGGAUUUCUCAACAAGCGUCGUUGUUUGCCCAACCGCAGCAGCCGAUUAGAGAAGCGUCGGCGGCGAGAGUGGGGAAUUACCUUCCCAGUCAUCUGAAUUUACUGGCGUCUUUGUCCGGUGGCGGUGGUUCUGGCCGACGGGAAGAUGACCCUCGCUGAUGAUCUUAGGAACUCUGUCAUGGUGGAGGAUAAAUUAUUAUUCAUCGUAUUUUGUACAAAUAUCUGUGUGUCAAUUGCUUUCUUGUGUGCAGCUCAACGGUAAUUCUAGUGGGAAUGUAGGAUUCUAGGGUUUCAGUUUGCUUGGAAUUACAAUUCGUAGAUCCAAUUUCGUUUUUCCAUGGAUGGAUUCGUUCAAAUUAGAGGUUUAGGGUUUGAAAUUCCCAGAAAAAAUUCUAGGGUUUUCUCUUUUCCGUCUUACGAGAGCAAGAACAGCUUCCAAUCGCUGCUGCAAAUUGACGAUUCAUUUCAUUACAACAUUACACUCAGUAAAUUCAUCAAAAUCUGUAGAAAUGGAUCUUCCGAGACGAAGAGCAGAACAGAACAGAACAGAACAAGAAGAACUCGAACAACGCUGGACUCGAAAUUGCGGGCAGAUUCCUUAAACUUCGAAUCGGAGAUUUAUUGCAGUGAUGGCGCCAUUGAAGACGCUUUCUUCAACUUCUUCAUCAUCUUCCAUGGCGGCCGGCGGUCGAAUUUGAAAAAUGGAAGCUCGAAUCUCUCUCUCUCUGUAAGACCUCUGUUUUUCUUUUUUUCCCCUAAAAAUUUCCAUUUGUAUUCAUAAUGAUUCUUAGAAAUUGUUGGCGUGACAAUAAUGGUGUUUUUGUUCUUAUGUCAGUGUAUUGUUUCUGGGAUUUCUCUGAUGUGAAUAAAAAUCCCAUUGUUUUCUUCAAAAACCUGCUCUUUCUCCUA